UUUACUUUUUGUCUUUGCUUUGCCUCUCUGCUCUCUUUUGACAUCAACAAUCUCCCCACCAGGUUUCUUUUUCUUUCUUUUCUCCCAAUUCCUAUCAAUCCAAUAUAGCCACAAAACGAUAACCCUGAUCGGCUGAACCUCCCCAAUUCCAAAAACUCAAAACAAAGUAUAAUGUGAUACUUAUUCAUACAGCCUCAUGCUGUCUCUUGCUUCAAUUCUGAUCCAACUGCCCUCAGCGUCUCUGUCUCUCUUACUCGUUUUCAUCGCCAUUUAUAAUAGCUACAAUUGUUGACGCCUACAAGACGAUUGGACAGUACCAAAAGCAAAACAUUAUAGCAAUAUUAUAUAGUGAGACCUUCCAUGGCAGCAGCGAUAUCAUUUACCCAGCUCAAAUUCCAAGUUCAACCUAUCAAGCCCAAACGCCGCCAGUGUAAACAAACCACCAUUUCUUCCUCUGUAUCCACGUCAGCUGCCACUACUGCCUCUGCAAAUAACUACCCUGAUUCAGGUUUCUCUGGGAUUUUGACGUGGAAACCCGACGCGCCAUCUGAUAGCUCUUGGAGUUGCAUUGCUUCCAAGCCUCUCCCCACUCCUCGGCUAGGCUCGCGGUGUUUGACCGAGUCUUUGUGGGGUUUGAAGAACCGACAUUCUCCGGACAGUAUAUCACCCGUCAUGGACUUCACGGGCGGGAAGACACUCUCCAACAGUCACUCUCCGUCGAGUUUCACCAAGUUCAAUUCUGCCUUCACAGCGGGACUUUUAAACCCGAUGUCCCCACCACCGAACAAGACACGGUCCAGCCCAGUCGUUUGUGAACUGAUUGCUAGCUCCUCCAAUAUCCACCAAAGAACUCAAACCAAAAACCAAGCUCUGAUCCAAGUGCCUAUUUCCGAUCCCAGACAAAAUCAAACCCCUCCGGUUAUUGAUAAGCGGGCAUUGACCAUGCAACAGAUUUCGGAUCUUUUGUCUAUCCGUAGUCCUGGGAACAAGUUUAACGACCCGGGUUCAAGUGAUAUAAAGCUGACGUUGAGUUCCAAGGAUGGGAUUAGCGUGUCAAUGAACGUCCACAAGCAAAUACUGGUGGCUCACAGUAGGUUCUUUGAAGUUAAGUUAUCGGAUAAAUUGGCAAAGUACCAGUGGAAUGGAUCAGCUGAGGUGUACAUGGUGGAAAUAACAGACUGUGAUGACGUAGAGGUUUAUAUAGAGACUUUGAGGUUGAUGUAUUGUAAAUAUUUGAGGAAGGAAUUAAUGAGAAAUGGCAUUUCUAAGAAUAUUAAAAUUUUGAAGGUUGCAGUGGUAAUUGGAUUUGAUGCCGGGGUUCUAUCUUGCUUGGAGCACUUGGAAGCCGCUCCUUGGGCUGAGGAUGAUGAAGAAAAAGUGACUUGUGCAUUGGCAGAGCUCCGCCUUGAAAAUGUUGGAGCAGGGGAUGUUUUGAAGAGGGUUUCUGUUGAAGUUACAAAUGGAACUGGUGAGGUUGGAGAUAAUGAACAAGUGCUACUCAAGCUCUUGCAUGUGGUUCUAGAAGGUAAAGAUGAGAAAGCAAGGCGUGAAAUGAAAGGUUUGGUCUUGAAGAUGCUUCGUGAGAAUUCAUCUCCGAAUGAUCUGAGGAAAGAGUCAUUGUAUUCAGCUUGUGAUGGCUGUCUGGAACUGCUCCGACACCAUUUUCUCCGAGCAGCUUCGUCUGAUUUGCAGGAUGUGAGUCAGAUUGCAAGACAGGCAGAUAAUUUGCACUGGAUGUUGGACAUUUUGAUUGAAAGGCGGAUUGCUGAGGAUUUUCUAAAAUCAUGGGCUUCCCAGUCCGAAUUAUCUGAUGUUCAUUCCAAAGUUCCAGCCGUCCAUAGGCAUGGUGUCAGUAGAGUUACAGCACGGCUAUUUGUGGGGAUGGGGAAGGGGCAGUUGUUGGUGCCAAAGGAAGUGAGGUACAUGCUUUUACAGACAUGGUUGGUGCCAUUCUAUGAAGAUUUUGGGUGGAUGAGGAGGGUAUCAAAAGGUGUUGAUACACAUUUAAUUGAGGAUGGUCUUAGUAACACAAUUCUCACUUUACCUCUGGCUUGGCAGCGCGAGAUUUUGCUUGCUUGGUUCUACAGAUUCUUGAACUCUAGUGAAAAUUGUCCCAACAUUCAAAGAGGAUUUGAAGUUUGGUGGAGGAGGGCUUUCUGGCAGCGCAAUGGUGAACAACAACUACCAACGCAAUUACACCUUACAACUCCAACAAACGCGAACUCAUAAAGUUGCCAUUUCCAUGGUGCAGAACCUACUUUAAUGGGCAUGUUUUUGUUUGUUUUUCCAAUACUUUGUCUUCAUUCUAUAUUGAUGGCUCUGUUCUUAAGUCUUGUUGUAUGCCGAACAGAGAACCAUAGAGAGGGAUAUGGAAGCCAUUAAACAUAUUGCUAGGAUAUUAGGGGCUUGGAAGCUUAACUCAGAACUUAGUUACUGGCUUAUUGCUAGGCUGAUAAUUGAUAGCCUUGUAUUCUCCUUCAGCUCUUGUCCAUUAUAGGAACAUUUCUCUGUGUUGUUAAUGAUGAUUUUUAUCUAUUUGUUUAGAAUUCCA